AGGCAGGGGCGGGCUCGGGGCGGUUGGUUGGAGCGUCGCAGCAGCCGAGAGGUCCGGGAAAGUUUCUUUGGAGGUGCGGCCGGGAGCGGCCAUGUCCCACGGCCCCAAACAGCCCGGCGCGGCCGCCGCGCCGGCGGGCGGCAAGGCUCCGGGCCAGCAUGCGGGCUUCGUGGUGGCUGUCAAGCAAGAGCGCGGCGAGGGCCCGCGGGCCGGCGAGAAGGGGUCGCACGAGGAGGAGUCCGGUUCUGCAGCCCGUGAAGAAGCGAGGCUGGCCCAAGGGCAAGAAGCGGAAGAAGAUCCUGCCGAACGGGCCCAAGGCACCUGUCACGGGCUACGUGCGCUUCCUGAACGAGCGGCGCGAGCAGAUCCGCACGCGCCACCCCGACCUGCCCUUCCCCGAGAUCACCAAGAUGCUGGGCGCCGAGUGGAGCAAGCUGCAGCCCGCAGAGAAGCAGCGGUACCUGGACGAGGCCGAGCGAGAGAAGCAGCAAUACAUGAAGGAGCUGCGGGCGUACCAGCAGUCGGAGGCCUACAAGAUGUGCGCAGAGAAGAUCCAGGAGAAGAAGAUCAAGAAAGAGGACUCCGGCUCCGGGCUCAUGAACACGCUCUUGAACGGACACAAGGGUGGGGACUGCGACGGCUUCUCCACCUUCGACGUGCCCAUCUUCACUGAAGAGUUCUUGGACCAAAACAAAGCGCGGGAGGCGGAGCUGCGGCGCCUGCGGAAGAUGAACGUGGCCUUCGAGGAGCAGAACGCGGUGCUGCAGCGGCACACGCAGAGCAUGAGCAGCGCGCGCGAGCGCCUGGAGCAGGAGCUGGCGCUGGAGGAGCGGCGCACGCUGGCGCUGCAGCAGCAGCUCCAGGCCGUGCGCCAGGCGCUCACCGCCAGCUUCGCCUCGCUGCCCGUGCCCGGCACGGGCGAGACGCCCACGCUCGGCACCCUGGACUUCUACAUGGCGCGGCUGCACGGCGCCAUCGAGCGCGACCCCGCGCAGCACGAGAAGCUCAUCGUGCGCAUCAAGGAGAUCCUGGCCCAGGUCGCCAGCGAGCACCUAUGAGAUUGUCAGCGGCCCCAGGAUCCAGAGAAGACCAAGCUCUGGUCGCAGCCCCUUCCCCACCGCCACCCCAUGGAGGAGGGGUGGGGGCCACCCUUUGGGGCCAGGCCCAAUCCUGCACCUUGGGGGCUGCAGCCCCCCUAAAAUUAAAUUUCUACAGCAUCCUUCUAGCUUUCACCCCCCCAGCACCCCAGCCCA